AUGAAAAAUUAUAACAAAAUAGAACGAAUAUGCUCCUGGCAUCAAAAUCAAAUAUAUUCUGAGACUACUUUCAAAGAUUCGUCUCAAAAUAGUGGGAUUAGUUGCGUAGAAAAAGAAAAGAACCAUGUCAAACCUUCUCACUACAAAACUUUUAAAAAAGCUUUAACGAGUAGAAGAAGACAAUACAAAAGAGAUGAGCAUACUACUUAUUAUUGUUUGAAGAGCAAAAAACUUACCAACAAGAACAACAACGACAACAACAACAACAACAACAAUACUUCCGACAUAUUGCUGGACGUAAAAUUAAUAGCAGGGAAUGAAAAUACUAGUUUUAAAGAGAGUUUAAAGAUAUUAUCCGCAAAUAAGUUAUUCACUAAAUUUUUUUCAAAUAGAAACCAUAUUACAAAGGCGAAUGAUGAUAAUAUCAAUAGUAACGACAACAAUGAAGAUAGAAAUGAAGAAGCUUCAGAUUAUAAUAAUUAUGAUAAUGAUAAUUUUUCAAUCUGCCCCAGUAUAUAUGAAUAUAGAACCAACAAUAGUCUUAUUAAAACCUCCAAUAGUAAUAAAAACGAUAAAAAUAGUGCCAAUGAUAGCGGUAAUUUGACAUUAACACAACUCUACAUGGGAAACUCUGCUAAUGUGAAUAGAUGUUUAAAAGAUAUGGAUUCUAAUAGAUAUUCACAAAGAGUACUAAGCAUUGAAAAGAAAAGACAAGAACAAGAACAAGAACAAUAUACAGGUAUAGAUAAUCUAAAUAAAAAUAAGUUAUCAUUAAGAAAAAUUUUUACCACAUUAUCUACUAGACGCCAUAAUUUUACAGGCACUAGUAAUAGAUAUAAAAAUGGUAGCGAUCUAGAAAAUAAUGGUGCAAACUUUUUGUCAGAUUAUGCUAAAGAACAAAAUGAAAAUUUAGUAAGGUUUUUAUAUGGACAACGAGAAAGUUAUAAUAAUGACAAUGGAAACAAUAGUAAUUUAUUAGUAGAUGAGUGGUUUUUAGGUAGGAUGGAUUUAGGACCUAACUACAAUAUUGCAAAUUCUUAUGCGGGAACCCAACAAGCUAAUACUAGAAUUGAUACUAAUAAAGGGAUUGUUAUUACUGACACAACUCUGUAUUUGCAAGAAACCGAUUAUUAUGCGGAUGAUGAAAGAGAGGAAUUGGAAGAGGAAGAAAAGAGAGACGCAAUGUCGACAAAUGAGUUUGUUGUGUGUGAUAUUUCACUUACUAAAAGUGAUGACUCAGGUAUGAAUACGGAUAUAUCUAUUAAAUUACAGGAGUGUGGUUUACUAAGUAAUUUGGAAACAACCACUAAAAUUGAAGAAUGUAUUGACUUGGAAAAUAUUAGUAAGUGUAAUGCGGACAGUAAUUCUAAAUCAUUUUUAGAAUCAAAAGGAGCAAAACGAGUUACUUGA